AUGAUGAAUAAUUACCGAAUAAUCGAAUUAAAAGGAAGAAGACACGAAUUAUAUAUUCCCUUUGAUUUUGUGGAAAAAUACAACAAGAAUUUCUAAUUUUAAAUCCUUGAAGAUUUAGCUGUAACCCAUAAACCUAAAAAAGCCUCAAAUUAAAUUUUUAUUACUAAUUUUUAUAAAGUAAACUUCUUUUCUAAUACUUAUUCUUUAAAUUUUACUCAACAAAUAAUCCCAGCAACCCUAAUUCUUACUAAACUAGUCAAUUUCUCAAAAUUAAUGUAAAAAUCAAUAUUCUAAUAAGUCUAUUAAUGUGUAGAAUUUAAUGAAAUCGACGAAACUUUCAACUAUUAAUCUUGUUAUUUCUAAAGAGAAAACACUACUCAUAUAGCCUGCUCUUGUUAUUCUCUAAAUGGGUAUAUUGCUGUAUUAAUGAAUAAAUAAAAUGCAUUAUAACUACCUACUUUAGACGAUUUAUAUAUGAAAAAUAGCUUCAAAUUUGAUGUUUUAUAGACUGAAAAAUAUCGAAUUCAUUAAGUUUAUAAUAAUAGCUAGAAUUAAGUUGAAAAUGGUCUAUAAAACUAAAAAGUUGAAAUACGAUUAAAAAAUAUAUUCGAUAUUAAUAAUAAAUAGGCAAUUUUAAAUAUUCUUUAUAUUAUUUUUUCCUUACUUAUUUCAUUGCAUAUAUUUGCAUAUUUAAAAUCUUGUUUUUUAGAUGUUUAUAUAAAUUCCAAAAUAAUCAUUAAUACCUCUUUUUUGUAUUAUUUUCCUUAUUUUGCUUUAUUUUUUGGCCAAACGAAUAAUUUUAUUACUAAUUCUUCCAGAGUUUCCACUUUUAUAUAUAUAUAAAUAACUCAUUUAUCAUUAUCUGCUAUAUAUUGCAAUUAUUUAAACUUCAAUCUAUCCAGCAAGAUAUAUUAGCAAAUAAUAUCCAUUAUAACAAUUACUAGUUCUAUUAUUUUCGUAUAUUUGACUUUAGGUAUAUUUAAUUUGAUAUUUUUAGGGUUAAAUUCUACUUAUUAAUAUUAAGAUAUAAAUAAAUAGAAGAUUAUAGAUGGAUUUAAGUAUAAUUUUGGUAUCUAAAUGAUUUUCCUUACUACUUUUUUAUCCUUUAUUUUUAUACUUAUAUGGUAAUUGGGUAAUUUAAAAGAGGAAUAUUAUGAGUUUUGGACUAAUAUAGUAUAUAUGACAUUUUAUUUUGAUUUAGGAUUAGAUUUUUUCGUUAUGUUGAUUGUUAUGCUUAUAGGAACAGAUAAUAUAUUAUCUAAUUUUAUAUAAUUAAGGGGUUUUGCAGCUCUAAAAGAAGGAAGAAUUUAAUUAGAUUAAAGUUCUUCUUUGAUUGGAUAAUCUAUAAUAAAAACAAAAAAAUAAAGAAAUUGA